AUAUUUCCCUUCAACACCCUCUUUCUUCGUUAAUCAUAUAUAAAGCCAAUGACAGACAAACUACCUCCCAAUUUAUUGAAACUAUUUGCUCCCCGUCCACCUUUACCAUACUUGGCACCUCUUGACAAAGAUCCAGAAAAGCGUGUUGGUUGUCAAGUAACAGGACUUGCGCAUUUAGUUGAACAACUUAAACACUAUGAUCCAGAUUAUGUGCCUUGGAAAUCUUUGGCAGAAAAGCGAAAAGAAAAAGCCGAGGCGAAACGAAAAAAAGCUGAAGAAGAAUUACAAGAAGCCUUAGCAAAGUAUGAUCCUGAAAACGAUGAGAACAUAACAGGCGAUCCUUUCAACACUUUAUUUGUUACCCAUCUGAGCCCCGAAUUAAACGAGACCGAUUUACAGAAGGAAUUCGAGUUGUAUGGACCGAUUAAAAAGAUUCGUGUUAUCCGUGAUUUAGAAGGAAAAUCACGCUGUUAUGCCUUUAUAGAAUUUGAAAGAGAAAAAGAUAUGCGAGCUGCUUACAAAGACGCAGAUGGUUUGAAAAUGCUAGGUCGACGUAUAUUAGUUGAUGUAGAAAGAGCUCGUACAGUGAAAGGUUGGAAACCUCGACGUCUAGGUGGAGGUUUAGGUGGCAGAGUACAACAUCCAUCAUCGUCACAAUCAAGACAGUCAUCCUCUUCACGUUACGAUGACCGUGAUCGUUAUCAUGGAGGUGGUGGUAAUAGGCACGGUGGUGGUAGUAGAGGUUAUGGUGGUGGAUAUGGUGGUGGUAGAAGAGGAGAUGACGAUAGAAGGAAAUCACGUAUGCGCUCAAGAAGUCGGAGCCCAAGAGGUUAUAGGGAUCGUGGGUAUAACCGUCGGGAUAGAUCAAGAGACCGCGUAGGUGGCGGUCGAAGAGAUAGAUAUUGAUAAGUUAAUAGGAGAGGCAAACUUACUUCACAACGUUUUUAGUACUACUACUAUUACAAUUCUUAAUCUCAAAAAGAUAUAUACGCCCAUGUUGAAACUUCUUGCCAUCUCUUUGCCGUUCCGCCUAUUGUACAUCAGGAAGCAAACCGUAAAAUAACUUUAAAAAUCUAACAUAAACACUUUCAUUACUACCAUCAGCCAUUGCGGGAGAACCACUUUCUACAGGUAGAACAGAGAAAGGUUCAGGGUAACCGAGUAAUUAUUGUUGGUAAUAAAAAUUUGUCUUUCUAAUCAGAAUGCAGAGAAAAAGAAAAUAUUAACACUGGUAAUAAAAUACACAACCGGGUAAGACUCAAUAUACGGUUUGUAAGUAUAUACAUUUCUAUCAGUGGACCAAACUUGGGGGAA